AUGGAAAAAGCUGUGAUACACUUCAUCAUCCUGGUGGCCAUCUCAGGUUUGACCGAAGCAGCUGGUGUGUUGCCAGACACUCUGAAUGCAGCUGUCGGAGAUAAAGUGAUGUUCACCACAACACUGUCUCCCACGGUAACACCAUUCCAAAGAGUGCACUGGAAAUUUGGUAAUAAGAACAUAAUAUAUUUCAAUGUUAACAACAUAACUGGAACAGAGUACGAAGGCAGGGUCACCCUCUUCAUGUCUACUGGAUCUCUGGAGCUCAGGGAUCUGACUCCUGAGGACAGUGGAGAAUACAGCGUUAUCAUUACUUCAGUUGGAGCUGUACCGAUUGAAGGGAACACAAGACUGGAAGUACAAGUGCCAGUUUCUGCUGUCAUGGUAACUGCCAGCAGCACAGACUUGGUGGAGUUCAACAGCUCUGUCCGUCUGUCCUGCUCCUUCUCUGGAUCCUCCUCUGGAUCCUCUCUCUCUUUCCUCUGGCUGAACGGCAGCUCUAAUGUUGCAGCCAGUGACAGAGUUCAGCUCACCGAUGGAGGCGCCAAUCUCACUAUAAUUAAUGUGACCCGCUACGACCAGGGACCGUUCAAAUGUCAGGUGUCCAACCUUUUCAGUACUGGAACAAGUGCUCCAAAAAACCUCUUCAUCAACUAUGGCCCUGAAAAUAUUACUCUCACAAUAUCUCCGUCACAAGAAGGGUCAGAUAUCACCCUGUCCUGUUCAGCUGACUCCAAACCUGCUGCCCAAUUUAUGUGGCUUCUGAAUGGAGAUCUGCUGUCUGACACUGGACCAGAGCUCAGACUGAUUCAGGAGAGUCAAAGUGGGAACUACAGCUGUCAAGCCUUUAACAGCAAAACUCUGAGAUAUGAAAUGUCUCAGCCUGCAGCCAUCUCUGUACUGGGCAGGUCUGGAGGUCUUUCAGCUGGUGCCAUUGCUGGAAUAGUUUUAGGUGUAGUGGCUCUUUGUGCAGCAGCUGGUGGAGGGGGGUAUUAUUAUUAUUAUAAAAACAAGUGAGUAAGAGAAUAGCCUUCAUUACCAUUCAGACAUUUCUGCCUUUCAUCAUGUAUUAACAGGAGACUGACAUUAGAGUUCACCUAACUUAAAACUAACCUUAAUCUAAUCUGUAUUACACUAGACUUAAAGUAUUCAAAACAAUAGACAAUAAAGAGUUAUUGUAAUACAUGAAUGACAUUCUU